AUGGCAGUGGAAGCUUUUUUAUGGACGCUCUGUGUUUUUAAGCACUAUGCUACAUGCAAUAAUUACGCACUCGACUUCGGGUUUAAACUGCCCACUUCUGAGCAGCUCGUCCACAGAGUCAUGGACAUUUGCAAACCUGUGCUACGUCAGUCGUUCGACAUUUCUCUCAGCAUGAGGGACCAACCAAGCAACGGCCGGGUCAUCGCCAACAACCCCUACGCUCUAUAUGCAGCCGACGUGAAGUUCCAAUUCGCACUCCGACUAUCGAGGCGCUUCGAAGAAGCCCGUCGCCUGUGGAGAGCCAUGCACGCAAAGAUCAAGUGA